AUGUAUUUUAUUUUUAAUAAGAAAAAAAUGAUUUUCUUAAUAAUAAUAUUAUUAAUAAUAACAACAUCUUCCUUAUUAUUAUUAUUUUGGACCGCAAUAAGAAAAAAUAAUUAUUGGAAAAAUAGAGGAAUUCCCGGGCCAGAACCUUUACCAUUAAAAGGAAAUAUAGAUUUAAUUUUUGGAAAUAAAAAUCCUUUAUCGUUACAAUUAUUUAAUUGGAGUAAAAAAUAUGGAAGAAUUUACGGAAUUAAAAAUGGAUGGUUUAAUGUGUUGGUUGUUAGUGAACCAGAAUUAGUUAAGGAAUUACUUGUUGAUAAAUUUGAAUAUUUUCAUGGAAGGGCUCUUUGCCCUAUUGUUGGUGAUGUAGAUACAAGUAAAUUGAUUCAUCUAUUCCUUGCAAAAGGAAAGCGAUGGAAACGACUUCGUUCAAUUGCCAAUCCAGCAUUUUCAAUUUCUAAUUUAAAAAGAGUAAAGAGAAUUUUUUAA